UAACUCAAUUCUCACAAACAAUGACGAUAGUUAAACAUGUGUAUUUUGAGAUAAUUCAUUUUUAAUAAUCAAUUUGACUUUUUCUCUUCCGGCAUGCACGCUACAUUUUCCCUAUCCGCAGUUAUCUGGAUCCCAACCCAUAAUUCAACUCUGGUUAGUAUACGUAUUUUUUCUACGUUAGUUUUCAAAAAGCAAUUUCUCUUUCAACAACUAAAACAAUAGUCGACUGGCUUAUUAUUUUUCGCUGUUAGCACUAUCGAUUAGCAGUACCUAGUUGAGUCCCACAUCUGUAGCAUUCAAACGGCUGUCUCGGAAAGGCAGUGCGCCAUAUCCGCUACUGUAUAGACAAAAGUUCAUAAAGUUACCCUCAUUAUUCGUGUACUUCAAUCAGGCAGUUCAGACAGUAGGAUCCGUCGAACGCUAUAAUGAAACCACUAUCACCUCAUCAACCACCACCCCCAUAACGGAUGUUCGGGGGAAUGGUGCAAAGUGUUGCUAUUUUUUUAUAUUGCUCCUACCGGAAAAGGUGUUAGUUAUACACCGUUGCGACCCACUAUCCGUUUUAGUCGUCCCUUUUGCCCCGCUGUUGGGUUUGAACUACAAUCCCAGUUCCCUACUGAGGCAGUUGGUUUGUUGAUUCCCGCUAGUACGGUUAGGCACAUCUUGCGUACGUAAUUUGCAUUUGGAAAGUUUUAAUUGAGGGGAAGGGAGCGGAAACUGGAUACAUUUCCGUUUGUAAUCCAGCAAAUAUGUUGGCAAAUGUAGCGCAAGCAGCUUCUUUGGGUGCGCAAAAAAAUGGUAAUGCUAAUCCCACCAACCCCGCUCGGCUCACGCGUACAACCAGCAAGGCCACUGGAAAUAGUCUGAUCAGUGAAACAUUGACGAAUGUCAUCGCUGCCAAGAGGAAAAGUCGUUUCAAGGAGAUAACAGAAGAACUCAACCAGCGCAUCAACAAGGAGGACAUUGAGGAACCCUACCAGAAGCCUCUGUUCAACACGGAUAAAAUAAGGCGCAUGAUGGAGCGGGUUAUCGUGCGCCAGUUCGAUGUGGACGAGGAGGAGCAACGGUACAUCUACGAUCCGUCCAAGAAUUUGAAAAUGUGCCAGAACAUUUCCAAGCAGAUCAAGGACCGCGUCAAACAUAUGAACUACAAAAGACACAGGAUCAUCAGUCUGGCUACUAUAGUGGAGAAGCAUCAGCAGGGGGUGUACUACAAAAUGAAGUACAUCUUGGAUCCGAAGAUGGACAAUUACAUUCGAUAUUAUCACGAGACGCCGCACUUUUAUGUUAUUGCGACUGUUAUUUUGGUCCAUAAGGAUUAGUGGAAAUA